AGUGAAGCCAAUAAGGGGGAACUCUCACUACUAAUUUAAUCGAUAGCGAAAUAAUUAUGAGCAAUGACACCAAUGCUGUCGUYAGUCCCGAAGCAAAUGUGUCGGUGGCGACAGUAGCAACAGAGUACUUUUUUCUGGUUGGUGAUAUUGGGGGGACGAAUAGUCGCCUCGCCCUCUAUAGACACAAGGAAGAAAAGAAGAAAAGAUUCGAUGUCAACGAUUCAAAUGCUGUCAGCGACAGUGAGGUCGACAAUCGUCAUCUGCUUGGAAUGUACCAUCGGCCAUUAUUUACUCAAGACUAUCGGAACGAAGAAGUUCUAGCAAACGAUGAAGAAACAGAUACAUGCGACACUCAUUGUARUGCUGUGAGUAGCAGCAGCAGUGGGGGCGGCAGUGACAGCAGUAGAGCUAAUAAGAAUGUGACGAAAUUUGUCGAAAAAAUCAUUGGUCCGUUCCUAGAAGAGUGCUGGGAAGCCAUGGUUGCGUCUUUGUCUGCGUCUACCAAUGUGUCAGCAAAUGAUGCUAUUCAUAAGUCUCCCAGCAAUAUUGACAAAAUCAAGAGCAAAAAUCUUAACAACGAGAAGAAUCACAUGAUGGAAAUAUCCAUUGUGUGCUGCUUGGCGAUUGCUGGACCCGUUGAUACCAACCUGAAUAGCGGAACGGUCCUAACCAGCCAACGUGAUUCUUUUUUGACAGGUCUGAAUGGGAUGGGAAUUUUAAAAGAGUUGAUGCAUCACCCUCGUUGUCGGAAGACAAGUAAGCUCCGACCCACUUUCAAGGCGUGUGUGAUCAUUAAUGAUUUUAUGGCACAAGGGUACGGAUGUUGCUUGUCGCUAUCUACGACUUCAAUAUCUACGGAAUCAGAAUCAUCAUCGUCGGUUGUAGAACUGAAACRAAUCGAUAGCAACAGCAGUGUAACUCGAUUGGCUUCAAAAUCUGGUCCUAAACUUUGUGUAGGUGCUGGUACGGGAUUUGGGUCGUGCUACUUGGUCCCAAUGUCAACGAYAAGCAGCAAUAUCUAUUCAUGCUUGCCAUCUGAGUUCGGGCAAACGGAAUGGGUUCCMAACACUGCCAAUAUUGCAGAUCAGAGAGAAGGCAAGAAUGGCGAUGACGAUCAAGUUGAGCUCUGGAAAUAUUUACUGAACCAAAAACUACAGAGGGGAGAAACGGCACGACUUUCGGUAGAGGACGUGGUGUCAGGAGUUGGUCUCGCCAAUGCAUAUUCUUGUUUUUCGAAUUUGUAUCCUCACAAGGUGAAUCCAGCAGUACAAGAACAAUUCAAUUCAUCAAGCGACCUCCGAGGAAAAAUAGUGGGGKCCAACGCUAAUAAUUGCGAAAUUUGUAAAAGAGCAAUGGAUGCUGUCAUCAUGUAAGUGUUUUAUACAAAAGUGGAAACAAUUUGUGAAAAGCAAAUAAGAGAAAAGUACURCUCAAUAUUGCAUAAAUUUUUGGUUACAUGCAAAUGGUCUGACUAUAAACUAUUGAAUUUUCAUGAUUUGAUGGAUCCUCGUGUUCCCGAAAUAUGAAUCAUUUUGACAAUAAUAUCACGAUUACAAAACACAUGCAGCGCUUACGGGACGGUCGUCGGAUCGUGUGCAAUGACAUUCUUACCAUCUGGUGGAKUGUACAUUACCGGUGGCUUGCUUGUAAAUCUCCUAGAAACGAAUGAUCCUUCUUGGAAGAUGCGUUCUGCGAACAACCUUGAGGACGACGAGAAUGGGUCGUUGUCACCGACAUCACCAAUAUUGUCGUUGUUUCUCAAGUCCUAUCGUUCCAAAGGAAGAGCAUCCUUUUUGCUAGAUAGUGUUCCACUCUACAUUGUUCUAGCGAAAGAUGCAGGUCUUCGUGGUGCCGCUGUUCACGCCGAAAUGGUACGUAUCAARUUCGCUUUUAUCAUGAUUUCAAUCAAUACUUGAUGAGAAUCAAACAAAAGCUUUAAAAUUCGAACGAUCUAAAUAUCAUCUUUUCCACUUMUUGAUCACGUGUAAYUUCGUUCAACAGGUAUUGCAAACUUUWCCCUUUAAUUCGCUACGAUAAUAUGGUGUAAUUGUAUUGGCUARACAGUUAGGGUUUGAAUGGUUGAAAUGUACAUUACGAGGAACUAACAGUAAUUUGGAACUUAGCAUGUGAUGAUGCCCGUUUCCAGUACGUCUUAUUUCUAUUAUCAUUGCAAUAGUCUGUUUCGAUUUCAAUCUGAUUGGAAUUUCCAGGUUUUGUGGUGGAAGCAAUGGCAUUCCCAACCGUCAAUGACUUUAARUUGCCAAUUAGAUUAAGC